UUGACCUCGAGAUCAUGAUCGCCAUUGGGAGCGCCUUACUGAUUACAGCUUUCGUGCUCAUAGGCGUCGUCAUCUGUCUUUACUACAAAGUAGCCAACACGUUAAAUGUUGCAAAGACACCCAUUGCUACGACCAUUACCUGUAGUGAUCAAGAUAAGGUCACCGAGGCUGCAACCUCCACCCCUGAGUCUUACCCCAGCUUCCGGUGCUAUGAAGAAUGUAACUUGCCUGCCAACUUUGAUCCCCUGACAUCGUGCUUCUGUGACAUAAACAAGGGACUCAAUACAGAAUGAGUAAUAGAAGGUGGUUAUAAACACCAACUGCCACCAUCUGACUAGUCACAGAAACAAGGACUCUGUCGUGAAUAUUUCCUCCUUAUUUGUUAUGAAUAUGUUGUAUUUGCAUAUGUUAAGCAAAUGUUUUCUUUCUUAUUUCCAUAUCAUGUAAUGUAAGAUGU